AUUAAAAUGUGCUUAACGCAUCUUUAAGAAAAAAAAAAAAAGACUUUAUAUUAAGUAACAUUUACUGACUGCUGUGUGCCCGGCACUUUCUCCUCUGUAGUUUUCACAGAGUCUAGGAGGUAAGGUAGUGGUGUGCAGCUCCUUUUACAGAAGAAAGCACCAAGGCUUGGUUGUGUAAGCCUCUUGCCCAGCUGUAGAAGCUAAACGUAGGUGAAGCCAGGGUUAGAUAGAACCCAGAUCGUCUGCCCCUGAAGUUUAGUAGGGAGUUCAUUUUCUUCCACAUCAGCUGUACUGAUCAGCUGUACUUGGUAAUCCAAAGGCCCAUUUGGCCUGUUGACUUGCUUCUGCAUUUGAGCCCAGCCUAUAGAUGUGUGCUCAGUAAGGAAGGGAGAAAGCCAAGCAGGGAUGGUUGAGCCCCCUUUAGUCCCAGCUCUUGCUGGAAAACCAGCAUGAGUCCACCCCACCUCUUUCCCUCGGCUUCCUCUCUGGAGCACUCCAACGGAGGCACAGCCUGCUGCCUCCCACUUCUCCGCCUGUGAAGUAAGAGGAUUUUUGCCAGGAUUGCACAGGUGAAUGUAUAAAACUUAGCCCUUGGAGCCAGUGCUACAUGAAUGUUAGCUGAUGUCUUCCUUUAAAAAAAAAAAAUUUAAUUGGAGGAUAAUUGCUUUACAAUAUUGUGUUAGUUUCUGCCAUUCAUCAGCGUAAAUCAGACAUAGGUGUACAUAUGUCCCCUCCAUCUUGAACCUCCACCGCAUCCCACCCCUGUCAUUUUCUAUGUUUUAAUUUUUAAAAAUCAGUGUGACCUGCAAUGGGGAGGUUUCACAAAGUCAGAUCAUGUGGCUUUCCGUUAACAGCAGGUGCUGUGCUUAGUCCCUGUCGUGUCCAACUCUUUCUGACCCCAUUGACUCUAGCCUGCCAGGCUUCUCUGUCCAUGGACUUCUCCAGGCAAGAAUACUAGGGUGGGUUGCCAUGCUUUCCUCCAGGGGAUCUUCCUGAUCCAGGGAUCAACUCAGGUCUCCCACAUUGUAGGCAGAUUCUUUACCCUCUGAGCCACUGGGAAGCCCGAAGUAUAAACCGUUUAAAUCCUGGCAUGUAUUUCAUUGAUAACACCGUUGAAAUGGUCUGGGCCUGUUCUCCCUUUGUAUGUGGCGGGGCUGCACAGCCACUGUCCCGGAAGUCUCAGGCUCUUAUCACUCCUGUUCUGGGUCUCAGAUUCUCAAGGAGGCCCUGGGGGAGUGCGAAUUCGCCUCACUUUCCUUCCAGAAACAGGAAUGGAGGUCAGGAGGACUUGCUCCAGGGUAGCCUGAGGGUACACAGCUGGGCCAGGUCUUGGGGACAAACCUCGUUGUGAGGCGAGUCCUAAGUCCUAUGGACAUUUCCGAGGCGGUGGAGCAGAGUUCUGAGUCAGCUGGCCGGGAUUUGCACGUCGAGGUUUCAGGAAGCCCAAGUACUUCCCAUUUCUGGGCCUGGCGCUUGUCCUGUGUGACUCGGGCAGCCACAAGUCUCCGGCGCCUCUGAUUAGCCUGGGCUAGAGUCUCUCAAAUGAGGCACUUCAGGUGACUCCCAGCCCCUGGGGGCGGCCCUGGAGGACAUUUUCCUUUGGAAACCUGUGGGGCGCUUAGGGAAGAACCCGAGAGCCCAGUGAUCCAGUGCAAGCAGAGGGCUUUGCCAAGGGACCUCCAAGCCAGGUGCCCCCUGCUUGCUCUGCUGUGGUCUUGCAUCCAACUCCUAACAAAGACACCCCACCACCCCACCUCUCUGGCAGAUUCUCACGUGACUCCUUGUUACACACUUUGAGCUGGUGACCUCGGCACACUCCUUCCUUUUUCUGUGGCCCAGCCACUCCUCAGCUCCCCAGACCUCCCCUCCCCUCUCUGCUUUGCAUCUUGCUGCUUCACCCUGGAGCCACGGCCCCUGGAGCAGGUCCCUGACUUGCCCAGUUUAGACUGGUUUUGAGAAGUCAGAGAAGGAGGGCUCCAAGUGUGGGUAAGAAGUCUCCCAAGGUAUUCAGGCACAGACCUGAGAGAACCCCGAAGGGGCCAGCCGUCAUCCAGAAAGCAGGAACCCAGCAAGCCUGGCUGGAGAAUUGCUAAGGUGCUUCCCUGGACAACCACAGACUCUCUAAAUGCCCUGACUUCAGCGCUCAGCCCGGGUCCCUGAUCCGGAGUACUUGGUCCAGGCUUGGGGGUUUUUUUUCCCCAUCCCAUGAAUGGAUUUGACUUAUUUCGAAAAACACUCCCACAUAUCAUGCAAUGAACUGAUGAAGCCUAUAAUAUACCCACAAGGAAACGAUAUUUCCUUAGUGUUCAAAGCUGAUCUUUUCACCUUCUUGUUCACACCUGGGCUUUUGAGAUGAGACUUUUUUCUGAUCUUCCGCAUACUCCAUACUGAGGAAUUUUUUACACUUUCAGAGUCAGUAAUUCAGGGACAGUUACAAAAUGAAGGGUCUGCACUAGUUUGUCAGUUAUUGUAUUGUUUCUUAGAGCAUCAGUCAUUUCAGUGCUUGAAUGGAUUUGAUUUUAUGUUCUUAGCUUGUUGCUGUUAUGGAUAUAACUUAGAAUAUGACAUGGCUAGGCAGUGAAGAUUGCAAAACUUCUUAUUUUUUAUUUUAAAAAAAGUCUCAGUUUCAAAGAAUUGCAUGCUCAUUGUAGAAUGUUUGGAAAGUAGAGGGAACUGAAGAAGGGAAUUUUCCAUAAUCAUCCUAAUUGGAGGUAAUUAACAUUUUGGAAUGUUUUCUUCUGCCUGCUUUAUGGCAUUUUUUGAUUAUAGAGAUAUCCCCACUGAACUUUGAAGUAUGUUGUUAUUGACUAUGUGGCGCUGAGAUGAACAAUUGAUUUUGAAUCUUUACACUUAAUUUAAUGCUCAGUUCUUCCUGUCAGUAGAGGUUUAGAAGUCAUGUUGGGAAAAAUGUCUAGCAGUUGACUUUCUAACUUUGUAUAUUGGAAGUAACAGUAGUGAUCAAAGGUGGUCUCAAUCCAGGUCAUAUUGAGUUUGUUGUUCCUUCCAUUUUUUCUGCAGCUUUUUGUGAAUUUAUGAGUAAUUAGAUGCCCUGGAGAAGGAAAUGGCAACCCACUCCAGUAUUCUUGCCUGGAAAAUCCCAUGGACAGAGGAGCCUGGCAGGGCUACCGGUCAGUCCAUGGGGUCACAAGAGUUGGGCACGACUGAGUGACUAAACCACCCCCAGUAAUGACUGCAGUUACAGGGGGCUUACUCUGCCCCAGGAUCUCCUCAGCCUGACACUAGAGUUCCUGUCUGUGCUUAACCUGAGAUCAGCUCGAGUUAAAGACCCCCAGCCCAGGUUCUUUGCUCUUCUGACCUUUGCUUGUUUCCUAUCAUAAUUGUCAAGUGUGUGGGGCUCUCAGUGACAGCAAGAUUGGCUAUAGGUCUUUAGGAGCUGAAAGUGAUGAAGAAGAUCAAGAUAUACCCAUUUAAACAUUGGCAGCAUUAUUUCCAAAGCAAAUACUUUCUUCAAGCAUGUACUUUAAUGUUAUUUCUUCCCCCAAAGUGGGGGGAGAAAUCUUGAAAGUAUAUAUCAAUUUAAAAUUAUUUGUAUCCAGGUCACAAAAUUGUAAGCACCAGUGGUCUUCUACACAGCUGUGGCAUGCGGCCUGUGUUUAUUAGAUGGGAGUUAUGGUUGUUAUAGAAACUUCAAUGUAAUAUCUUCUAACCUUGAGGUUCUGACUGCUCUUUCCUUCCUGUUCCUGUUAUCAUCUGGUGUUUACCCAUCAUCCCCUCCCAAAAGAAGUUCCCAGAGCUCCGUCUUCAUCCCCCAGCCCUCCCAUAUCUACCCUGUGUUGGCUUCAAUCCCUGUAAAUAAGCUGUACGGUCGGUCGAUCCCCUCUGCACAGAGGGCAGUCACCCCACCAGCAGCCAUCACUCAGUGGGGAGUGUAACCACUAAAGCACAGGGCUCCUGGGAGCGACUCCCGACACAGGAUCUUGAGCAUGCUACUAACUAACCUCUCUGAGCCUUGGGUAUCACACCUAUUAAACAAGAUGAUUUCUUUUUUAAAAAUAAUUUUAUUUAUUUAUUUUUGGCUGUACUGGCUCUUCACUGCUGCAUGGGCUUUUCUCUUGUUGCGGAGUACAGGCUUUAGGGUGAGCGGACUCGGCAGUUGCAGUUCCUGGACUCUGGAGCACAGGCUCAGUAGUUGCGACGCACAGGCUCAGUUGCUCCACAGCAUGUGGGGUCUUCCCGGACCAGCGAUCGAACCCGUGUCUCCUGCAUUCUUUACCACUGAGCCACCCAAGAUGAUUUCUGAGGCCCCAUUUGCCUCUGAAACUCUGCCUCAGUUUCCUCACUUCUAAAAUGAGCCUAAGAAGGGUGUCUGCCUCCCAGGCUUGUUAGCUUAUGUCCACUUAGUAGAGCUCUUAGCAUAGCCUCUUCCAUGGUGUAGGCAGCUGUCUUUUGCAUUGAGUCUUUGUGGAGUGGCAGAGCACUGGGCAGUAUGGUGAGGAGGUGGAAGGGAAUAGCAUAGUAGGGCUUCCACUUUCCAGGAGUGCCCAGGUGAGCUGGGGAGCCCCUCAGCUCACACCACACCCCUGUUGGACAUUUCUGUUAGCACCUCAGUGCUGUCCUCAGUCAGGAGCUCACCCACCAGAAGCCCAUUAACAGGCCCCCUUACUGGUUUUCAGCCCUUCUCUGUCUUCUCCCAAAGAAACGACUCUUUCCAAAUCCUCGCAUCAAAACCUGCUUCUAGGGGAAUUUAAACUAAAAUAAAAAGUGAUACAGAGAUUUUCAUGAUACAUUAAGCCAAAGAAACAAGGAACAAGGAUAUUAAACCUUUUAGUCUCAAGAUCCCUUUUUACCUUUAAAAAUUAUUGAGGACCCCCAAAGAACUUUUGUUUAUAUGAGUUCCUGUCAAUAUUUACGUGGUAGAAACUAAAAAAAAAAGUUUAAAUAUUUAUUUACCAAUUCACUGAAAAAUAACCAAAAUAAAUCCAUUACCAAAAAAGUGAAAAGUGAAAGUGUUAGUUACUUAGUCGUGUCCCACUCUUUGCCACCCUGUGGACUACAGCCCACCAGGCUCCUCUGUCCAUGGAAUUCUCCAGGCAAGAAUACUGGAAUGGAUUGCCAUUCCUUUCUCCAGGGGAUCAUGAAUUAAUGUCGAUACUAUUUUUUUAUGGGAAAAAAAUUAUUUUUCCAAAGAAAAUAAGUGAAAAAGUGGUAUUGUUUACAUCUUUUGCAAAUCUCUUUAGUAUCAGACUUAAUCGAAGACUGCAGAGGUUUUAUAUCUGCCUCUGUAUUCAAUCUUUUGCAUAAUAAAGUAUCAUGUAGCACACCUGUGAAAUGAAGGAGGCAACAGCACCCCAGUGUAAUGAAAAUAGUUUUGAUUUCAUGGACCUUGUGAAAGGGCCUUGGAUGUGCUGAUAAACAGACUCUCCAAAAAGGACAAAAAAAAAAGCCCAGAACCCAAGGUUUGUACAAGUGUCAGUUUCCAUGGUGUAAGUUCCCGCCACCGACAACUGCAAGUUACCAGCUUGACUCCACUAGUGCUGGAGUUGGGAGAGACGCGCGGUCCGUGCAGGCAACUCGCGUCCCAUUUUGAGACCCUCUGGUACAGAGUGUCUAUGGAAAAACCCAGGAAAACCAAUGAGAUGCCUCCAAGAGACUAAUAACCUGGUGACUGGAGAACAGGGAGCUUUUUUAACCAAUGUCCUUUUAUACCUUUUGAAUUUUCGGAUGCAUGUGUAUCUAGUCAAAAGAAAAGAAGACUUUAAGUAUCUUCCCUUUAUAAAGUGCAGUUAUCUAUAAUUGGUAAGUCUUUUCUGCUUUUCCACUUGUUUGUGGGAUCUCUUAGAACUGGCUCUUUGGAAACACCAGUGACUGGUUCCCACUGCUCCGCCCGCCCCUUGUCUCGUUCUGCCCUCACUUCCAGCUCCCAGCCAGGAUAGGCAGGAGGCAGAUUCAGCCAUUUUUCCAGCAUGAAGCCCAGAGGUAGGCCUCCCAGGGCUACUGCAUUUAUGUAGCCAAUUUAAGCAACUUAUCCUUUGUAAUUUGGUAUUUGAGUGUCUCAAGCAUCCUGUUGUUUCUUAAACAUUUGGGGUUACACUAUCCUCUCACUCCAUGAAGAAAGAUAAAGACUAUUGGAUAUUCUAACAAAAUUGUAUAUACUCUAUGUAUACUGCUACGAGUUGUGCAGUGUUUAAAACCUUUCUUUACCAGUGAUGGUCACCUCACCUGAGGCUUUCUAGGCUAUUUGGUUAAACAAAAAACUAGCAUUUUCACUAAAUGGAGUAACUACUGGAGAUUGGGCUUCCCUGGUGGCUCAGACAGUAAAGUGUCUGCCUGCAAUGCGGAAGACCUGGGUUCAAUCCCUGGGUCAGGAGGAUCCCCCGGAGAAGGAAAUGGCAAACCACUCUAGUACUCUUGCCUGGAAAAUUCUACGGAUGGAGGAGCCUGGUGGGCUACAGUCCAUGGGGUCGCAAAGAGUUGGACAUGACUGAGCGACUUGACUUCACUGGAGAUUAGUCCUGUUUGAGAGUUACCCUCCCAGAGGUCAUCCGUGUCUUAGGGCCUGUGCGUUUUAACUAGAGGCAGCAGUAAGUGACACACGCCCCUUUUGCUCGAUUCAGUGUUCCCCUGGGCUUGGUCAGGAACAUGGAACAGGCACCUCUAGGGGAGAAGCUGAUUUUCAGGGACACGGGGAUGCAUGGUUAGACUGUCUCACAUUUUGAGAUUCGUGGUGAAGGGAUAAGAAGAUUUUGAGAAGGAGAGAAUGGUAAAACAAAUGCUCCAAAGACUUGCAGGCAAAGGAGAUUGUAAUCCCAGCAGCCUGGUGGGGGACGCUGCAGAAGUGGGCAGCUCUUACAGAACCUAUAGUUGUGUAAUCGAAAGGAAUUUCUGCGGCAUGCUUGGCAUGCGGGUGUUUAAUGUCCGCCCAGGAUGCACAGCCUUGUGACCUUCAUCUGGAAGGUGACCAGGAAGUGGAGGGAUGGGAUGGUGUUGAUGCGCUGUCUGUACGUCAGCUUGGAAUACCCGGAAGCGACCCACACGUCCCAUCCUUCUUGUCAAUACUUCCAAAUUAUGGAGUCUGUAUAAGCACAGAGCAGCCUUGUCUUCCUGGUAGUGACAUGGAGGUGAAAGGAGAUUUCCAGAUGCUAGCGGUCAGAGACAUUCAAGGCUGGAAACUGCCCUCGGUGUUCAUCAGAAGAAUCUUAACAGAAGAAUGCAAAUUCUACUAUUCCCUCUCACGGUGGCUGACUGGAGAUAUACACAGAUUUGGUUUGAAUCCUAAUUCUACCACCUAUUAGCCGCGUGACAGUGAUCAAGUACUUGCUUCCCCUUGCAGUAGUCAAAUUCUUUAUUUCUGUAAUCAGAAGGACAUAAAAAUAAUUUUUCAGCUUCAUUGAAGUAUGACUGACAAAUAAAAAUGGUCAAUAUUGAAGGUGAGUGCCCUUGGUAUUUUUUAUUGAUAAAAUUGGGACUGAAAUCGCUCAGGGUGAGAUGGAGGCCACAUGAAGUGGCCGGGCAGCACCAGGCCCCAAGUUUGCAGGCAGGGAUGUGAGCGGGGACCCUCACCUCACUCCCCAGCACACGAGCCACAGGCACUUAGUUUUCCAGGCCUUGCAGAUGGGACAUUGCCCAGCUUCUCAAUGAGCAUGGCUUCUUCACUGUCUAGGAGAGAAGGGGCCCACCACACUGCAUUCUGGGUGACUUCUGUGCUAAUCUAGCAUCUGUCACUGGUCUAUAAAUGAACACGGAAAUGUUUUCCAAAGCAGAUGCACUCUGAGUGCCCAGGAAGCCGCCACCCCUGCCUCCCACCUCACCCGUGAGGCUGCGCAGCCCCCUCCGGCUCUCCUGCCACCCGCGGGCGGCUCAGUGGAACGGAAGAUGAACGCAACUGAAUUCAGUGAAGAUGUAGAAGAAGUUCUAAAAAACAACACUGUGAAAGUGGAGACAGAGGCCGAAGAUGCUGCCCUGGACUGCUCAGUGAAUUCCAGGUCCUCCGAGAAGCACUCUCUGGAUGGCGUCUUCACUGCUGUCCAGGACUCCAGCAAGAGAAAGCCCCUGGGUGGCGAGGGCCCACUGGACUCAGUCCCGAGCGUGAAGAGGCGGCGGCUUAUUCCUGAGGCACUCCUAGCAGGCAUGCGGAACCGGGAGAACAGCUCGCCCUGCCAGGGCAACGGGGAGCCGGCAGGCCGGGGCAAGAACUUGGGCUCCGUGUGGCCAGGAGAGGAGGAGCCCGGCCACGACGUGAGCACGCCCUCCUACAAGAAGCCUCUGUAUGGUAUCUCACACAAGAUCAUGGAGAAGAAGAACCCUCCCGCGGGGGACAUGCUCAACACCUAUGAGCUCUUGGAGAAGGUGAACCCCAGCAACAGCCCCUCACCGCUGCGGCUCCUGAACGAGACACAGAAGCGGGACACUAGCGGCCCCGCAGCAGCCACCGACAGCGACCCCAACAUCUACUUUCUCAUCCAGAAGAUGUUCUACAUGCUCAACACGCUCUCCUCCAACAUGUCACAGCUGCACAGCAAGGUGGACCUGCUCUCCCUGGAGGUGAGCCGCAUCAAGAAGCAGGUGAGCCCCACUGAGAUGGUGGCCAAGUUCCAGCCGCCGCCCGAGUACCAGCUCACGGCGGCCGAGCUCAAGCAGAUCGUGGACCAGAGCCUGUCGGGCGGUGACCUGGCCUGCCGCCUGCUGGUGCAGCUUUUCCCGGAGCUCUUCAGCGACGUGGACUUCUCCCGGGGCUGUGGCGCCUGCGGCUUCGCGGCCAAGCGGAAGCUGGAGUCGCUGCACCUGCAGCUCAUCCGGAACUAUGUGGAGGUCUACUACCCGUCGGUGAAGGACACGGCCGUCUGGCAGGCCGAGUGCCUGCCCCAGCUCAACGACUUCUUCAGCCGCUUCUGGGCCCAGCGGGAAAUGGAGGACAGCCAGCCCAGCGGCCAGGUGUCUGGCUUCUUCGAGGCCGAGCCCCAGGUGGAUGCUGGCCACUUCCUGGACAGCAAGGAGCAGGAGGAGGCCCUGUCCCUGGACCGCAGCAGCACCAUCGCCUCUGACCAUGUGGUGGACACGCAGGACCUCACCGAGUUCCUGGACGAGGCCUCAUCCCCUGGCGAAUUCGCGGUCUUCCUUCUGCACCGGCUGUUCCCUGAGCUCUUUGACCACAGGAAGCUGGGCGAGCAGUACAGCUGCUAUGGGGAUGGCGGCAAGCAAGAGCUGGACCCGCAGCGUCUGCAGAUCAUCCGCAACUACACAGAGAUCUACUUCCCCGACAUGCAGGAGGAGGAUGCCUGGCUGCAGCAGUGUGCCCAGCGCAUCAACGACGAGCUGGAGGGCCUGGGGCUGGAUGCGGGCAGCGAGGGCGAGCCCCCGCGAGACGACUGCUACGACUCAUCCAGCCUGCCAGAUGACAUCUCCGUGGUCAAGGUGGAAGACAGCUUCGAGGGCGAGCGGCCCGGCCGGCGGUCCAAGAAGAUCUGGUUGGUGCCCAUCGACUUCGACAAGCUGGAGAUCCCACAGCCCGACUUCGAGGUGCCGGGCGCCGACUGCCUGCUGAGCAAGGAGCAGCUGCGCAGCAUCUACGAGAGCAGCUUGUCCAUCGGCAACUUUGCCUCGCGCCUGCUGGUGCACCUGUUCCCGGAGCUCUUCACCCACGAGAACCUGCGCAAGCAGUACAACUGCAGCGGCUCCCUGGGCAAGAAGCAGCUGGACCCGUCCCGUAUCAAGCUCAUCCGCCACUACGUGCAGCUGCUCUACCCACGGGCCAAGAAUGACCGUGUCUGGACGCUGGAGUUCGUGGGCAAACUGGACGAGCGCUGCCGGCGCCGGGACACGGAGCAGAGGCGCUCCUACCAGCAGCAGCGCAAGGUCCACGUUCCGGGCCCUGAGUGCAGGGACCUGGCCAGCUAUGCAAUCAACCCCGAGCGGUUCCGGGAGGAAUUUGAGGGGCCCCCACUGCCCCCCGAAAGGAGCAGCAAGGACUUCUGCAAGAUCCCCCUGGACGAGCUGGUGGUGCCCUCGCCCGACUUCCCGGUGCCUUCACCAUACCUGCUGUCCGACAAGGAAGUGCGCGAGAUCGUGCAGCAAAGCCUCUCUGUGGGCAACUUCGCCGCCCGGCUGCUCGUCAGGCUCUUCCCCGAACUCUUCACCACCGAGAACCUGCGGCUGCAGUACAACCACUCCGGGGCGUGCAACAAGAAGCAGCUGGACCCGACACGCUUGCGGCUCAUCCGCCACUACGUGGAGGCCGUGUACCCGGUGGAGAAGAUGGAGGAGGUGUGGCACUACGAAUGUAUCCCGAGCAUCGACGAACGCUGCCGCCGCCCCAACAGAAAGAAAUGCGACAUCCUGAAGAAAGCCAAGAAGGUGGAGAAGUGAGGGGUACCGGGGGCACUGAGCGUCGCCCCUCCCCCCCACCACCACGAGCCCAAGCCGCGUCCGCAGCCGCGCACGUUAUAUUGGCGGGGCGGGGCCUGCUGCAUUUGCACACGCGAUCGCCCAGCCGGUCACGGCCACGACAAAGAAGCCUCGCAUUUGGUCUCUUGUACUUAAAACUUUUGUCCUGUGUUGCUGGUGGUGCAGCCAGAGUCUGGGAGAGCAGAGCUGCGAGGGCAGAGGGGCCUCAGGAGUCAGGGUUCCCUCUCGGCAGUGUCCUCCCAGUCCCCUCACCAUUUGAAAUGCAAAUCAAGCAACCCUCUUGUUCCUCUGCCCACAUUUUACGUCUUCAAUUUUUAUUAAAAAAAAAAUUUUUUUUUUAAUUAAAAAGAAACCCUUUUUAAGUAAAUCAUUGGGCUCUGUGGAGGCCAUUUUACUCAGAAAAAAAAUUUUUUUUUAAAUAUUUGAGAUGAAGUACUGUAAGAUGACUUGAGUCACUGGGAAUUUUUUUUAAGAUGGUUUCAGAUAUAUGAAAUUUUUAGAAGUGCUAUGUUCAUGCAUGAUGGCUGAUAGCUUCAGGUGGCAUAGAGACGGAUUUUACUGACCUUGUCUUUUAUUAAUACAUCGGAUUUUGGAAGAGUCAGGACGCCUCUUGGAUGGCGGUGGAGGGGAUGGGGUAGUUCGGUGUCCUUUCUGGCCACGGUCAGUUGUGCUCUCCCUCCCGCUAUGGUGCUGAGGAAGGGGCUGCGGGGACGGCUGGCCUGGCCUGUCUCACACUGCUGUGCCAGGUGAAUGUUGCUCACCCUGUAGACAAGAACACUGGAUGGUGAUGAUGGUGAUAUGAAUGUAGAUAGACGUGGAGACACGUUCACAGUGUCUUCAUUUGAGCUGUGUCCUUCCACUGCCCUCUUUCCUUCCUCCUCAAGGAUGCUGGUUAGAGGAGCAAACACAUUUCCUUGGAAAACUGUGUGUGGUUAUUUGGCUUCUUGUUUAAGGAUGGGCCCCAUUGGGCUCACCAAGAACUGUUUACCUUCCAUGUGUGUAUUUGCAUAAAACCCAGGUUCUGGGAGCUGUAUGGUGGCUUCACCACACCUCAGUGUUGGCUCCUCCAGUCAGUACACAUCCUUGUUCCUCAGGGCCGGGCCUAAACUGUGGGCUCUCUUGAGGAUACCUGGUGUUGGAAGGACACAGGCCAUCCGAAAUAGGGCUCCCAUAUCCCUUUACGGGGUCCACUCAGAGCUUUCCCUUUGGGCCCCCAGAAGGUCCUGCUCUCCUACAUCUGGCCGGUCCCUCGGCCUCAGGAUGAGACACCUCUUUUCUCUUCCCUGGUUGGGAAGGUCACACUGCUCCAGGCCAGUGGCAUGCUCUCCAGGAUUCCAACCAGGAAACUCCCCAACAGGUAAAGUCCUUAAUGUAAAAACAGUACUUUUACCUACCUGACUUUGGGGGCUAGUGCCUAAGAGGGAAAGGGAACAGUCUAAACACAACACAUUAUACCAGAAAGCAAGAAAAUAAAUUGAAUCACACAGGGUAGUCGUAAAACCCUUGUGGAAUGUUAAUUUAAUAACCUAAUGGCUUAAUAUUUUGCUACCUUAAAAUGCAGAAAUAAUAGAAACAAUCUGUGAAUUCUUUUCAUACAGAUAAGGACUUCAGCUUUAGUGACUGAUGGAACUUUGCCUGCACUCGCAGCCAUUUUUUUUUUUUUAAUGCCAGGAUUCUGAGCAGUGUGAAGUUGCCGAUCUAACUUUAGUAAAUUUGCUUUUAAAUGUCAUUUACAGAUUAUUUCAGUUGUUAACUGCGGACCUAAAUUAUUACAAUUUGGAAACACACAGGGACUUAAUGACUCUUUCUCACCCACCCACAUACAUGUGUACAUACACAUUUCUUAGUAAAAAACUGAAGUGAGAUGAAGGGGACCGACAUGAAUAACAAGCUCAACCUCUUUGUGCCUGGAAAGGAGGAGGACUGGAGCAGCCGGAGACUCACUUCCCCCUCUCCUGGGCCUUUCUCUAUGCCUUAGUCUCUCCAGCACACAGAUGCAUGCCUGCGUGCAUGUGCGUGCACACACACCCAAAGAUGGCAGUGGCACUCUCUCCCUCACUGAUCCUGCGAGUGGGAGGGUGCUGUGGAAUUUGUUCUGGUCUCUAGGAUGUAUCCAAGAGGAUUCCAAGCCAUGUGAAAAUUGCCCUGCUUUCUAGAGGGUGGAAUGUGACCCUGCAACUUCAGAAGCACAAUCAUUUAAUAAUUUUGUUUUUAAUCAUCCUGUCUACCCACAAUAGAGACGUCAACAGGUUCUAGGAAUUAAAUAUAUCUCUUUACAACCUAGAGCAUGUCCAGUUUUUGGAAACCGUAUUUUGAUGGUUUCUUUAAUACCUUUCCUGUAUGGGGCUUCUUCCCCCAAAUCUUAGAGUCCCUUCCAGUGAAGAGAGGUGGACGCUCUCUGUGUGAGCUGUAUCUUGUCUCUCUGGACCGACUCACCAGGAACCACCUGCAGGUCCUGAGUCUGUCUGUGUGGUGUCCUUAGCCUCCAGCCAUACAGGUGGGCUCCAGGGGCUUUUUUUUUUUUUUUUUACAUGAAGCAAUAGAAUUAUAAAAUACCUAAAUUUUUUUCAAAAUGUAAUGUUUUCCAUAAAAUCUGUUGGCAAAACCCCUACUCCCUCCCCAUCUAAAUUCUUUGAUUUUUGUUAAUACUUGCUUGUGUUUGGGGAAUUUUUUCUCCCUCACAUCCAGAAGUAGCACAGACACAUUCUGAUGUUGAGUAAAAUAGCACGUCACAAUAGGUGGUAGUGUCCCUCGUUUUUCUGUUAGUGAGUUUUAAAAGAAUGUACGAAGAUAGUCAUGAAUGUACUAAGUGUUCUAAUCCUGCUUCCGUUCACUUUGGCUGUGUCUACAUGACAACACAGGUUUGACAGGGAAUAAAGUUGUGCCCAGUGUCAUGGGUGUUAGUGUGCUCCCCCCCCUCCUCAGUGUUGGACCCCACCCUUCCUUGCUUUUUAAGUUUGGUGGGAGGGGGUACCACAUCAGCAGCAAUCAUCAACCAACCAAUGGGAUCUACUUAGUGGUAAGCGGAUUAACUGUUUAAAUGCGAAGAGUCACUGGCCUGACCACACCAUAGUAUGGCCACUUGAGUUCCUGCAGACAUGGCUUCAUUUUCCACCUUUGCCCCAAAUGUUUACUUCUUGCCUGAUUGAGGAGGAGGGUCUCAAGACCUCAGAUUGGAGGCCGUUGAGCUCUUAACCCUGCCUCACCAUGGAGAGAGAUGCUAUGAAGUGGUGGGACUUCCCUGGUGGUCCAGUGGUUACCACUCCCUGCUUCCACUGCAGGGGGCACGGUUUCUAUCCCUGGUCAGGGAACUAAGAUCUCACAUGCUAUAGGGCCAAAAAAGAAGUGGGGCCCCUGGGCCAAGGGACUCUUAAUGUCGUUCAGAGAUACUUGUCUCUUGUAGAUCCAGCCUUAAUGUUUUUCUGACAUCCUAGUGAUAGCAGACCCUGCGCAAAGUGGAUAUCAGAGUUAAUACUGUGAGGAGACAAAAUAAUGAGAAUAGUUUUACCAAAGAUAAUGAAACAUUGCAUAAUGUCUGCAUUUUACCAUUGAUUUGAGUGCACCCUUAGAAAACUGAAUGUAACAAAAACCCAGGACAUUUUUUGGAAAUUGUAUGCUCUCUAGCAACUGUGUGAAUUUUUAUACAAGCACUGUUUUAUGAGUUAUAUAAAAUGUUAUAAAAA